AUGGCGAUAUGGCCCUUUGGUCGCAAAAGCAAACGGCACACCAUUCAAGUGACCGGUGCUGAAGCUGCUGAUCUCCAGUCAUCCUUUGUUAGCCCGACACCCGAGAUCCAGCCCACUUUGGGUCGCAAAUCAUCAACACGCCAAAGCAACCGCAGGCCACGAGCGGAGCCUGCAGAUAGUCGACGCAGCUCCGCCCUCGUGCCUUCCACUCGACCUAUGUCAUCCCUCAGUCACUCUGCUUCCCUCGCCGAUCCCUCACAAAACGCCCCGCCACGUGAAAAUGUACUUUCGAGAACUGGCUCGCUGUUGAAGCGGAAACCGAGUCAGAAUGCUCCGAACAAAUUACGACGCAGGCUGAGCAAGCGUAAAGCCAAUGAAAUUAUGCGCGAACGUGAGAUUCGGAUGCUCUCAUCCACCCCCAUCGAUAUCCCCCACCAGCCGAAUCCUGGCAGCGGAGAUUAUGUACUGGAAAGUCGCCGUCGGAAAGGAAAUGGGAGACGUGCCGACCGGUACAUGUCCGACAUCAGUCUCUCCCUCCGAGAGUCGACCUCCUCCAGAUCGGAUAUCUCAGACCCAUAUACGUACAAGGUCAAUGCGUUCGCUGCCUUGACGCCGCGCCCGGUCGUCCGUUAUGUAGAAGCCCCUCGCCUGCCGACCGCCAAAGGCAAGAACCCGUCCGCUCGAACUUCACGUCAGGAUAGAGAAAAGCUUCAGGUGUUGACGAUGUCGGAGGAAGAACUGUACUAUUCGAACCGACGUGUCAAUGAACUAGCUGAUACAUUAGAUGCCGGUGCUUUGAGAGAAUUACUGGAUCGAGACCGUCGUCGCCGGGAGAAGAAGCAGAUCGAUGAUCAGGAAAAGCUUCGCCGGAAGUUACAAGAGAGGGCCGACGCUCAGCAGGCAGAAGAGGAACAGAACGCCAAAGCCGCCACAGCAUACCGGCCUGAGACUGAGCCCGAAAUCGCCCGUGUGGAGCCGUCCAUCGUUGAAGUCCCUGAACCCCAGGAUGUGAUGCAGAAGAAAGAGACGGUUACCCCACAAGUUGAUGAAUCGACGCCUCUCCCGACUGAGAAUGAAUCAUGGCCCCUCGGACCCUCCAAGGAUCGUGAGAAUACUGGACGCGAAUCCCGGGAUAGCUCUCGUGUAAUUGGAAAUAUCGAUGACAGCUCUGUUCGCGAGCGGAAAUUGAAUCAACGUCCUAGCUUCGCCCCAUCGACCGACAUCACCAUGUCCCGAACAACUCUUUCUCCAUCCCAUUCAUCUGUUCGCCAUGGGAUGAGUAGCCCGACCCAAUCACACAGCUACGGACCUGCCUCCACAUCGGACCUUUCCCGAGGAGUCGAAUCUGAACGUCGGCCUUCCGAUACCAGCGGCCGCCGGGGUAACACUAUCACGUCUCUAUUCCGACGUGGUUCUUCUCGUCUCAAGCGAACAUACAGAGAGCGAUUCCAGGAACCUACCCCCGAGGCAUCUAACGCUUCUCAUGAAUCCUUCUACAAAAUCCAGACCCAAUCAUCACCCCCUCCAUCCUCCAUCAUUCCUCCUAGGAUUCUGAUGCCCACUGGAACGUUGAAGCGCUCUCACUCCAAAUUCACUGAACAUUUCGGCGAUGAACCAUUGUCACCCCCCGAAUCUCGUCUACAGUCACCCGAUAUCCCGGAGGACGUACCUGAGACCUCUCUUGAGAGGGAUGAAACACCUUCCAUGCAAGAGCCAGUGUCCACCCCCGGAGUGGACAUCAAAAACCCGAACCGACGGCUUCAACAUCGGUCAUGGAACUCCGAUAGCCUCGACGCAGAAACCGAUAACGUGCCACUCUCACAAUCUCUGGCUUCCAUUGAUUCGGAAGCAUCUUGGAUGUCUGGUCAAUUCUUCCGUCGGAUGUCGCAGAAGCCCAGCAGCCCUGUUAGAUCGAACCUGACCUCAUUCCGGGACUCGGUGGAGGUCUCGGCUGAUGCACCCGAGGAGACCGAGUCAGUAGACGAGUAUGGACACCCCGGAAGCAACGUCCCUGGCGAGUCCGAGUUUGAAACGGAACCCACCAACAACCUGGACAGCAAAUCUGACGAGAAAUGGCACAAUGAAGUCGGCCGCCGCCCCGUUUUGGUGAACCCGGUGGUCCGCCCCAAAUCCACACAAGGGAUGCUUCGAGGGUUCUCCUCUCUGACUCCCAUCUCCGCAGAGGAAGAUUACAUUGUUGAGGAGUCGGCUCCUUCUGAAAUGCGGCGGGUUCCAAGCGCUAAAGCCGAGAUUGGUUACGCCGAAUAG